AUGGCUUUCUCUCACGUGGGAUUUCCAUACCCUUCCACACCUCCGUUUCUGAUGGCGUCCAGCCCUCUAAGCGGGUGUUUGGAGCCAUGCUCUCCCCAGUCCCACAUAGUGGCUCACUCCCCAGGACACCAGCUCACCCCUGGCAUAAGUGUGUACAGCGGCCCAUAUAAGAGCCAGACAUACUACAGCAGCUGCAGCAACGACACCCCAGGACUCUACUCAAGAGGUGCACCUGAGCCAAAGGAAGGAGCAGCUUCUGUGUACAUGGGCUCCUCGCAGACGCCUGCCUACUAUCCCUAUGAGUACACGUUUGGACAGUAUCCCUAUGACAGAUAUGGGUACAGCUCCUCUGAGGGAGCGGCCCGGCGGAAGAACGCCACACGAGAGACCACCAGCACUCUGAAAGCCUGGCUCCAGGAGCACCAGAAGAACCCCUACCCCACUAAAGGAGAGAAGAUCAUGUUAGCCAUCAUCACCAGGAUGACGCUCACACAGGUUUCCACGUGGUUCGCUAAUGCUCGCCGAAGGUUGAAGAAGGAGAACAAGGUCACAUGGUCUCCUCGCGCUUGUAAAAGCUCAGAUGACAGAGGCAGUGAGGACAGCGAUGAUACGGAAAAGCCUCUAAAAAGUGAGCACGAUUUGUCAGAACAGCAGCGUGGCGACCUGCAGAGUGACCUAGAGGACUUUGACCUGCUUGAAUCCGACGCUUCUGACUCUGAACCUAAGCCUCCGUUUCUCCCUGAGGAUCCAGACUCCACUCACAGCACAAAUAAACCACAGGAGCAGGACUGUCACAAACUCACCCCUGUCCCGCCACAGACUGCCUUCUACACAGGUCCAGAGCUCCGGAGCUCCCGUGACAAGCCCAAAAUCUGGUCUAUUGCCCCGUUAGAGGAGGAUCAGCAGGAGCCUGAGUAUCCCUCGUGCAUGUUGGCCAACACAGGCUCCCACUCCCCGCUCUACACCUCCAGCAUGGCUCUGUCCAAGGCCGAGCAGCAGGAGUCCCCUGUGGCCACGCUCAGAGAAUGGGUGAAUGGAGUUUUUCACGGGCCGCCAUUCCACCAGGUGAAGUCUCCAGGAAUGUGGAAAGGCCUGCAUGAAAAUAUGACAGACUCAGACCGGAUGCAAGGACCGCUGUGA